GACGCCGCGCGCGCGCUCAGAGCCGCGCGAUUGAGACUUGGCGGAGGAGCGUUAGGCCGGGGCGCUCACUCAUGAGGAGCAGGAAGCUUACAGGUGGAGUGCGGUCCUCAGCACGCCUUCGGGCCCGGAGUUACUCUUCAGCCAGCUUGGCCUCUGCCAGGGACGUUACCAGCUCCACAUCUGCUAAAACAACAUGUCUGGCUUCCUCAUCACACAAAGCUACGGACAGACGAACUUCCAAAAAGUUCAAGUAUGACAAAGGUCACCUUGUGAAGGCAGAAUUACAAAAACUUGACCCUAAGAGUGACAUUUCUUCUUUGCCAAAAGUGGCCCCCGUGGCUCCUUGUGAAAAUAAGUUUGCGGAGGACAGUGCUGAGGCUGCUGUCUCUGUACCAGAGAGCAGAGAGCCGCCUCAGGGCUGCUCCACGCCUGCGAGUGAGGAACCCUCAGUAAAGGCUGAGAAUGGCCUGUCCACAGAACCCAGCAGUGCCGCUGCAGCCCAGGAGCCCGAUGACAGCUCUGCCGGACAGGCAGAGCCUGUGCCCAGGACAGAGGAGGUGCGGGCAUCCGUGCUUCAGAUGGACAGCAGCAUCUUUCUAGAUGAUGACAGCAACCAGCCCAUGCCUGUGAGUCGCUUCUUCGGGAAUGUCGAGCUUAUGCAGGAUCUGCCACCAGCCUCUUCAUCUUAUCCUUCCAUGAGCAGAAGAGAAUUCAGAAAAAUGCACUUCAGAGCCAAAGAUGACGAGGAUGACGCUGAGGGGUAGAGCUGCGGGCGCCUUGCAGCCGGUGUCAAGAUUCUGUAUGGCAUCUUUCAGAGAACACGCUCUGAGAACAAGGUGGACAUCAGUGUCACUGGCUGGCACAGACGCCCAGGCGCACCAUGCUGGCACAGGGGGCUGGGCAGUGGAAAACAAGGAAAACUCCUGAGAGCUUUGGCUGUGGUAACAGGCUUACUUUCCAUGCCAGACUGAUCACCGGGGAUGAAUUCUGCUGGAAGGACUCCUGUUUCUGAGUGGCGCUAACCAUUUGACCUGGUAGUUUUUGCAAAGUAUAUAUGAGAAAGAAAUAAAAUAUAUUUUGAAAAUACUUUUAAAGAAA